UUAACUGCGUUAGAAUGGGAAUUAAUAUCUGACUGUCUUCCGUUAUUAAAACCUUUUGAAAUAAUGACAAUUGAGUUAUCCGGAGAAAAUUAUCCAACACUAUCCAUAGUUAUUCUUUUGAAUACGAGGACUUCAGUAUACACUGAGAAACAAAACGACUACAACAGCAGCAGGUACUUUACUUAAAAAAACAGCUA